AUGUGCUGGUGGUGCUGCAUGCGCGUGCUGGAAAAGUGUCUGCCCCGGAACGACAUUGUGCGCGAGCUCGCGCCCUACCUGCAGCACGUGCACCAGGACGAGACAGCCGAGGACGACACGCGGCGGGGACAGGGCGACGGCAGUGGCCCGUGGGUCCGGGCGCAGUCGCCUCAGGGCGGCGUUGACAAGGACUCGGCCACGUCGAGCGACUCGCUGCGCCACACGAACGCGCCGUUCCCGCUGCGGCACAGUCUCGACUGCGAACUGAGUCUCCAGCCCGAGCACCGCAGCAGCAGCUGUCGCCCACUUGUGACGGCGAAGAGCGUUCAGCUCAUGGACGCGACCGCUGCCGCGUCGGCCGCCGGGCGCACGUAUCAGGACUAUGCGGCCGCAGCGGUCCAGAAACAGCAGCAAACUCGAGCCACUGUUGACGCCGCGACGGCUUUGGACGGGCGGAGGGCGAUGCUGACGCACAAUAGCGCGCAACAUUCGAGUCAGGAGCGGACCAACUCGGCGCUGCUGCGUCUGUCGCGGAUGGAAGCCGAAAGCGGCGGUGGGAGCAGCACGCAGAGCGUGGAAGCCUCGGGGUCGGAGCAUUGUGGCACUGGGUCGACGUACACGGGGAGCGGGAAGAAGUAUCUGGUGUCGAAGAUCAAGACGGAUUUGGGCGACUUGACGCCGGUGCGGUGGGAGAAAGUGGUGAUUGUGCAGGUGUCGGUGCAGGGCUUUCGUGAGAUGAUGAGUCAGGCGAAGGAGCUGAUGGACGACGCCAAGCUGCUGUACGAGCACACGGUGCUGUCUCGACUGGCGUCCGAGUAUGGCGGACAGGAGAUUCUGAGCCACUCGAGGUCGGGGCUGUUUGUCAUUGCGUUUGCCUCGGAGUUUCAUGCGGCCAAGUGGUGUUUGUCGCUGCAGCUCAGUCUCGUGUACGCUGCAUGGAACGACAAGUUGCUGAAGCAGUUUGACGAUAUGAAGGAGGUGUCGGUGACGACGAAUGGGAAAACGAAGAAGAACAUGCUGCUGUACCGCGGCUUUCGGGUGCGAAUGGUGAUACAUACGGCCGACCCCGAUAUUACUCCCGAGCUGUCUUUGUCGGAAGCUGUUAAAUGGACCAAGACGGUGAGUGAAUAUGCACACGGAGGUCAGAUUGUAUUGAGUGACAGCGUGUGGGACCGGUUGAAGGAGCAACUGGUCCAGCUGGGCAACCCUGUGGUGGAGGAUCUGGGCGGCCACGCAGUGUUGGGUGACGAAGUGCUGCUUAUGCUCCUUUUACCACGAGACCUGGAGUUGAGACGCUUUCCGACUAUGAAAAGCCCACACCAGCUAUCGCUUGGCAUGCGGGAUGCGCCAUCAGCUCAGAAACCGGUGACGAUGGUGUUUACGUUCAUUGAAGGCGCUCGACCGCUGGUUCGUUGCCACGCAGAAGAGCUUGCCGACCGCAUCAAAAUAUUGUGUAUGGUUGCACGCGAGUUGCUGCGGCAGCACAAUGGCUACGAGUGUCAGGAAUUACAGGGAGACUUUAUGCUAGCAUUUUUCACGCCUGCGAGUGCCAUCUUAUGGUGUGGUGAGUUUCAGAUACGUAUUCGUCAAAAGUUCCGCGAGUGGGAUCGGGAGAACGAGAAUCAGGAACUUCGGUUUUCGAUGUCGAUGGGUAUUGAGACUGGUGUGCCGGCAAGUGUAAGUCCGCAUAAAACUAGUGGCCGCGCGGAUUACUUCGGCAACAUUGUGAACCAGACGGCGCGAAUUGCCAAAGCUGCACACGGCGGCCAGGUCCUUAUUGGCGGUGACGCUUGGACUGCGCAUUGUGACGCCCAGGCAGUCUGCCCUAGCCAGCAGCUCCUUGCAAAGAAUGAAGCUUUGAAGGACGUGCCGGGGUCGACGGUAUUCCAGUUUAAGUUUCAUGGUUACUACAGUUUCAAGGGCAUUUCGAAGCCGAUCGGGCUCGUCGAAGCUAUUUCGAUCGACGUGCAACAGCCGGUGUCAGGCUUUGAGCUCGUCGCUCUUGUGCGCGGCCGCGUCCCGAAGGCCAAGAAGAUUGAUGAUGCGAUUCUUGCUUUCCAGGAAAAGACAGUGGUGCCGGAUGUCCCAGCGGAGAUGAUUCGGCUGAGUCACGGUGGCGAGCAGCCUAACAACUCUAUCCGCGAGACGGAGUUUGACUUUAACCUAUCAUGGAAUGACAGCAUCUUUGUGUUCGAAGACAUAGACGAAGAAGACGGGGAUAUAGAAGAAGAGGGACAAGGACCAAACAGCCAGAUGGUGUGCGGUAGCGUAGCGCUCGCCAUGCGAAAUAGCACGCUGAACCACUCUCAGCUCAUGGCAGUGCUGAGGUCGUCGGGUACGGAUGGCUCCAUCACGCCGUCUCAGCGCAGUAUCGCUACCCCGUCACGGACCGAAGACAUGAAUAGAGUAUGA